UGUGUAAGCCUGAAAAGAUAUUUCUAACUUGACUUAUACUUUUAUAUAAUGAAAACAUAAACAAUCACAUUGUUUGAAUACAUUAAGUUAACCGUUAUAAAAUACAGCUUUGUAAAUGCAUAAUUGUCCGUUAGUGUUGUAUAUCAACCAACAGCGUCACUACGCCACGCCUGCCUUGUUGACUUGGAGAUGUCCUUAAAAAAUUACAUUAACUUGAAAACAAUACUUUGCCAAAAUACGUAGCAUUAACAUGAACUUGAUGAUGCGCUAAUCCAACGCGUUUCAAUUUCAUCUUGUGUUCUCAAUUUUUUUUAUUUAUGAUGGAAGUUUUUCUAAUUUUAUCACUAAUUUAUGUGGCUCUGGCAUAUGAUAAAGCAUCUUUCUAUGGCGCCAGCUACAUAUCAUAUCCACUUCAAGAAGCAAAGGGUGUAACAGACAUUAGUUUUCGGUUUCGUACCCACUUAUCCGAUGCACUAUUGUUGCUUGCCGCUGGAAAAACUGACUACUGCAUGAUACGUCUAGAAAGUGGCCGAUUAAAACUGCACAUAAACCUGGGAGCUGGUGAAAGUGAAUUAUCAUCUCCUAAAGGGGUUUAUCUAAAUGACACCCAGUGGCAUCAUGUUAGUAUAGUGCGGAGAGAAGCCAAUCUCACUAUGAAGGUGGAUGAAAGUGCAGUCAAAAAGAAAUUACCAGGUAGAUUUUUUGAGUUGAACAUACAUUUUGGAUUAUUCCUGGGUGGCCAGGGCGAUUUCUCAGAACUAUUCCUUGGUCACAUGGAGAAUUUUCGUGGUUGCAUGGAAGAUGUUUACUAUAAUGGCGUGAAGAUAAUAGAUAAAGCUCGAAGUCGUACCGGUUCAGUCCAUGUGGAGGGAGUCACAUGGAAUUGUGCUCCUGAGUUCGACGCUGACAUAAACUCAGAUAUCAGUUUUGUUGAUGAAGGAGCUUAUUUGAUUUUGCCUAAAAUUAAUUCUAGAGCAGGUGGAAGAUGGCAUAUUGAAUUCAAGACGAUAACCCAAAAUGCGAUAAUAUUGUACAACGCGGGUGGCGGUCGCGGUUCCGAUUUCCUCGCUGUAGAGAUCUUAGAGGGAGUGGUACGUGUGAAGAUGGCACGCGGACAGAUUGUCCACACGGUCAGGAUCAACGAUGGACAGUGGCACAAGCUACAUAUGUCCUUCAAUCCAUCGUUAAUUGAGCUGUCUGUGGACAAUAUCGCUAUGAGCACACGCAUCGAAAGCAGCGGUACGAGAUACCUGGAUCUGUCUGAUACGUUCUACCUGGGUGGCAUUGAAAGUGAGAAGAGACAGAGAGCUUUCGCCAAAGGUGUCAAGGCUGCUGAUUCCAGUAUCAUGGGCUGCAUAAAACCUAUAGAGGUGGACGACAAGAUAUUUGGUCUGCCCACCGCUGUGGUGACGUACGGCGUAAGUCCCAAAUGCGUUUGGUGGUACCCCUGCCACUCCAGUCCAGCGAACCCACCGUGUGUAUCGCAAGCCAUCUGUGAACAACACGGCGUUGAUCAUUUUACGUGUAAAUGUGAUACAGAUCUUUGCAUCAAUCCAGAUUAUGCUGAGAAAUAUAAGGUAUACUCAAAAUCAAGCAGUGAACUAGAACUGGUCGCAUUGUACCCACUAACGGUUCAAGAAGGAGGUGUAGCAGUGAUCACCACACAAAAUAUAGACGUGGUUUUGGACCAUCACAAGUAUGGGGUGCGGCCAUCAGGGGUCUUACUUCACGUGGCCCAAUCGCCCCAACACGGAAGGAUAGCUGUUGAUCUAUCGUUGCAGAGAAAUUCCCCACAGUACACCAACUAUAUUGAGGGUGAUGGGAAGAUGAAGCAGUUCUUUACACUUAUGGACUUGUCUAGGGAUAAGGUGCGCUACGUCCACGACGGUUCCGAAAACCACCAAGAUGCAAUAGUCCUCGAUAUGGAACUGAUUCCUGAAACCAAGUUCACGCUGCCGAGCUACCUCCAGGGUCGAAACACGUUCGUGCUUCACGUUAAUGUCACGCCGGUCAAUGACCCGCCUGUGCUGAAUUUACUACCUGGCAAAGUGCUAAGACUUACACAGGGUACACGUAAAGCAAUUACAUCGGACAUACUCAAAGCUGAAGAUCCAGAUACUCUCCCGGAGGACUUACUAUAUACAGUGCUGCACGGAAAAAAUGAUGUGAACAGUGGACAUAUAGAAAUGUCUGGACAGCCAGUGGACUCGUUCACACAGCAGGACAUCGACGCGGGUGUCAUAUCGUAUGUUCAUGGCUCUACAGCGGACAAACAACUAAACAAGACCUCACUCAGGCUCACUUUGCAGGUGUCAGAUGGAAUAGAAACGAGCAGUUCAGGUGUUCUCCGGAUCUCCAUAGUGCCUCUUCAAGUUCGCCUCGUGAAUAACACGGGCCUGCAAUUAGUGCAUAACUCGUACGUGCUAAUUACAGCUGAUAAUCUUACAUUUACCACGAACGCGGAUGAAACAAACGUUCAAGUGAAAUACGACAUAGUGAAACCACCACAAUUUGGUGUAGUGGAGCGUUUGCGGACCCUAGAUGGCACGUGGCAGACAGUGGACUCGUUCACUAGCGAGAUGGUCAACUUUGGAAGGGUCCGAUACAUGCACCUGUUAGGCAGUCCAACGCAUGAUGACUUUAAGUUCAAAGCAUCCGUGGGAACGAUACGAACGAACACAUUAUACGAUUUUCGACUAACGUUCAUAAAACUUGAACUGUACCAGUCAGUCAAUGAGCAACUGAUACUAAAUAACACAAGAGAAGCCUUCAUAUCAUCACAACAUUUGCGUUUCAAAACCAGACCCCUGACUUUAAAUAACGAUCGUAUUCAAUACACCAUACUCAGAGCACCCAAGUACGGUAUACUCCAUUUGUCAUCGGGAAAACACCACUUACAAGGGCACAGUAUGUUCACACAGUACGACAUCGAUACAGACCAAUUGUGGUACAGGCUUCACAGACGAGCCUAUUCCCACAUCCAGGACGAGUUCACUUUCGUAGUGGGGGCGACAGAAUGUGAAAAUAUCACUGGCGUAAUGACAAUAAUGCACACACCAGCAUUAAUUACCUCAGACCAUUCAACUGGGAGGGUCCACACGACAUUAGAAAGGUUACAAGUGUCCGAAGGUUCUAGAAUGGUCAUACCUGCGAGUCAUCUCAAUUUUCGAACGGACGCAGUCACAAACUUAGUGUUCAAUAUUACUCACUUGCCGAAACAUGGUAAAAUUGAGGUGAUAAAUGAGAAAGUGAUAAGGGACAAUACAACGUUUUUUACGCUGCUAGAACUGAAUUCGGACAGGGUGUAUUAUGCUCAUGACGACUCCGAGAGCAGACACGACUCCUUCCAUUUCAUGGCACUAAGUCCAGAACCUGAAGAUUUUCAGUACGUUGGAGUGUUCCAUAUAGAUAUAAUAUUGAAGAACGACAACAGUCCGGUGAGAGCGAAUGAAAACGUGUUCCACAUCGUACACGGUGGUGCUAGAUUGAUCACAGCCAAGGAUCUGAGUUACACCGACGCAGAUUUGGAUACCAAACCGUCAGAUAUUAUUUACACAGUGCAAACGUUUACAAAAGAUCCCCCCAAUGGUGAUAUCUUCAGAGCUGACAAUCCCUCUGAAAAAAUUGCUCAGUUCUCCCAGGACGAUAUCAAUAAGAACCUCGUACUGUUCAAACACCGAGGUAAGGAGUAUGGGAAGAUGGGAUUUUGGAUAUCUGAUGGCGUGUUCGAUGUGAAUGGCAAUUUGGAGAUACAAGCGUCACCUCCAUUUAUAAGAAUGUAUCCUACAAAUGGGUCCAUCGUAGAGAAUGGGAAAGCUGUUGUUAUCACCACAAGAGAUAUGCAGGUGGAUACUAACAUGAACUGUCUGGAGGAAGAUAUACGUUACGAAGUGACCUUCGAGCCGAAACAUGGUUCUAUAGAAGUGGGCGAGGGUCAGGGCUCGUAUACAUUCACACAACUGGACGUGGCCGCUGGUAGGGUAGCGUACAGACAUAGGGAGCCGAAGACACCUACAGAUCAUUUUCGAUUCAAAGUGAUGUGCCUGGAAACAUGGGGAGAGGACAUUUAUCCAAUCAAAAUAUUCCCAUCGAGCUACUGGGAGCCGCUGCGUGUUACCACCAAUCGACCUUUGGUUGUUGAAGAGUCCACAAGUGUUAACAUUACUAAAGACAUCUUAGAGGUUAUGCAUCCUCAAAUUGAGCCGUCCAACAUUGUCUACCAAGUGACCGAAGGACCAUAUCACGGCUGGCUUGAAAUAACCACCACUCCGGGAAUGGUUGAAGUCGAAAACUACAAUGAGGAGCCAAUCCAUACCCGAGUGUUCGAUCAAUCGAUAAUAAAUGUCAAUCGAUUAAUAUACGUGCAAUCGGGCGUGAAUCGAACGAGAGAUCGAAUAAAGAUGGAUGUGACGAACGGUAUUGUAUGGUUAAGAGACUUAGAGUUGACCGUCGUGAUAAUACCCGAGCAUUUCUACGUUGUGGCCUCAAAUUUGACAGUUGUUGAAGGGGAAAAGGCAAGUUUAAAGCCAGAUUUAUUCCGGACUAUCACAGAUUAUUACAAGGGUAAAGUGGUCUCUUAUAAAUUGGUAGAAAAGCCAAAGUACGGAAAGAUAGUGAUGGGUGAUCAGGAGUUAAGCUUGUUACCCGUUUUGAAGCUGAAUUCUGGAAAUAUACAGUACAUCAACGACGGUUCAGAAGAAUCAUUAGACGCAUUUAAGUUGGUCGCCAUAACUGAAAACAACAAAGAGAGCGAGCCGUUCUAUGUACGUGUAAACAUAGUGCCAGUUAACGACGAGACUCCUAUAGUGGCAGCUAACACUGGUCUGUGUGUGUGGGAAGGCGGCACAUUUACUUUCACCAGAAACGAGCUGUAUGUCAACGACAUAGAUACGCCGUUGGAAAAUGUGACAAUCCGAGUGGUGGAUAUAGUAUCAGGGUACAUAGCAAUGAAGGGAGAUAUAGAAAAUGCUGUGAACCAUUUCACACAAGCUGAUAUUGACAACGGCCAAGUUAUUUUCGUACAUAAAAAUGGUUCCAAGGGUAAAAUGAUAUUCAAUGUCACAGAUGGUCUCCACGAACUCUCCAAAAUCACAUUUCUAAUCACCACAAAAUCCGUCUCACUAAAAAUUAUCAGAAAUCUAAAUCUUCGCGUUUUUCCUCUGAUGCGGGAGCCGUUGAACAACUACCUUCUUAUGUCAAAAUGUUCAGAUCUAACACGUCCUAUAACAUACAAGGUUGAAAGGGCACCAACUCUCGGUAGACUAGUGAUGUUGAACGGUGAGAACCAUCAUAGAUCUAUAAAACAGUUCACUCAACAAGACGUGAAUGAUACAAUAAUUUUCUACGAACACACACAUCCGUUCUCCGAUCUUUACACGAACGAUUCAUUCGUUUUCACUGUUGAAGCGGCUCUAGCUAAAUCUAUAACCGAUCAGGUGUUUCACAUUGAUAUAUCAGUUUCAACAGGAGGUUUAGCCAAAUAUGUUCAUAUACCACAGAUUAAAGUGCAAGAAGGCGAUAAAGUGCCUAUUAAAGUGAACGUCACUAAUGUCAUGGCGUAUUUGGAGACUCAGGCAGGGUUGAGGCAGCCCCUUAUAGAGGCGCAGUGGUCCCAGCCUUCUCAUGGAGAAUUGAAGCCGUCCUUAUUAUCACUAACACAAUCGCAACUAGAGGGUGGCGUCGUGAAUUACGAGCACGACGAUUCUGAUACGGUGCUGGACAAAAUUGACAUGUCCUUGUAUUUAUUGCCAGAUUAUUUCUUGUUGUGCAACGUCACUAUACCGAUUCAUAUAAUACCGGUGAACGAUCAACCGUUCAGAUUGCUAACUGACACGCCCCAAAUACAAGUAGUCCAAGGAGAGAACUAUACGAUAACGAGAAAGGAUUUGUUGACUGAAGACGCCGACACCAGCCCCUCUGGUAUUCUUUAUGACAUCAUAAGUGGUCCCACUCAAGGCAGGAUCGUAAUGUUAGACAAAAACCAAACUAUUGAUGAAGCGCAGUCUAUUAAUAAGUUCUCACAGGAAGACAUAAACAAUGGCAAAGUUAUAUACGAGCAUUCGGGGAUCUUGCAGACAGCUACAUUUUAUUUUCGAGUGUGGGACGGUCAGUUCAAGCCCACUUAUACAGUUUUCACUAUAGAUGUAAUGCCUGUUAUACUAAAUGCGACGUCUUUACGUCCUAUUAGCCUGCAGCAGGGGUCUAACGUGGCCACAGUCAGCACAGAUCAGGUUUAUAUAGAGACCAAUGCGGGUAUUUAUAAGGUGUGGUACAAUAUAACCCGUCAACCGGUUCACGGUGUCAUCUACGUCGGCAGGAAUCCUGUAACGUACUUCUCCCAUAGGGAUCUGGUCGAUCGCAUCGUUAUUUAUAUGCAAAAUGAUAUGACCACAGCUAACGAUAGUUUCGAUCUGAUAGCAUAUGUCCAUAAUAGUAAUUCCACCCUUCCGUUCACUGUAAGUGUCAUAGUCCAACCGCUUAUGAAACCCUUGGGAGAUUUGAGGGUUGACGGGGAUAAGGCAAAGAUAACACUGAAUAUUAUGGACGCUACAGGUUUGGCUAAAUUGACAGCGAGCGAUCCCUUCUAUACGAUACUCCGGAAGCCUAAGUAUGGAUGUAUAAAGAAAAUAAUCAGAAGUUCUGGUGAAAAGACAAGCGCAAGAGAAAGAGAAGUGACGUACUUCACACAUGAGGAUGUGAAGGCUGGUGUUAUAUAUUUUGUAACCAAGAGGAAGCCUAACGAAUUGAAUGGUGUCGAGGACAGUUUUCGUUUUCAGUUGGCUGCAACGAUUUUUCAACCCGCCACUGGGGAUGUUAGAAUAUUAAUUGGGAAUAGACCUAAGAAAAAUUUGCCGGGCCCAAAUGAUCCUGAAAGUCAUGAAGGUGUUCCGGUAGCGAACGGCGAAACAGCUUCUUACUAUAUGAUGAUACUGAUGGCGUUAUCCGGCACGGUACUGGCCAUCGUGGUGAUAUUCGGGUUACUCAAGUGCCGCCGGUACAUCAUGAGGGACCAGAACGCGCUGGUCAAGAUCCACGGUCAAAGCCAGGGUGCGGUGGCCCCAAUACCGCUUCCGCGACCGCCCGAUCAUCUGAUGCCGUCCCCUUCGCAAAUCACACCACCUAUUAAACGAUAUGUUUCGUCGGACCAGUCAGUGCAUACUGGAGCUAGUACCCCGCUGCCUUCGGGGGGCAGCGUGGCGUGUAAAGUGACGCCUCUGGUCGAUCCCACGCUGCCCGAUCUUAACGCCCGGUAUCCGUACGGCGCUGACGAUCAUACGGACGCUGAAGAUUGGAGCAGUUACGAAGCAAGUGAAUCUGCUUACCCAAUCCGUGCUCAGGGCGUCGCGCCCGCGAAUCCAAUGCUCAGACGGAACCAGUAUUGGGUCUGACCCAAGGACACCUUUACAUUACCGAGGGGCCCUAAGCCAGUUACCCUCAUGGCGCGUGCCGAUAAAUGUGUGACCUUAAACCGUCGGCUGCAUCAUCGGCGCGGCGUCGACCUAGUUCCUACGCCUUUUCUACUCAGUAACUACACAUUCAAACACGCCAGUUGCGAGAUCACACUUUAAUAGAUUCUAUUAAUCCAUAAAGCACUCUAUUGUUAUAUUAAUAGUUUACAAAUUGAACUACGCUUAAGUUUAUUUUAAUGGUGCUCCUUACGGCCAAACUAUGUUGAAAGCAUUGGAAUUACAGACUGUAUUCCAAAUAUAAAAGUAUUUAAAAAAAUAAGUAAACUAUACAAAGAUUCUAUUUUCAAACGAAUUUAUGCUAAAUACUUCUUUUAAACGCUACAACGUUGUGUUUGUUUUGUAUUUGGAAUACAGUUCUAGUUUUUGUACAAAAACUAGUAUGUAGACAUAUUGUUUUUUUUACAAAUAUGAGAUGAUGCACAAUUUUUAAAUCAAUUAAAAAUACGAGUAUAACGACAACGAAAUUUUUGUAGAUGGUCAAUAUCUACAUAAUGUUGUCUUCUCCCUGUCCUAGUUACGCUCCUAAUAGCUAUAUAGUAAGAGAAAAUACAAUGCAUUUAUGAUAUACAAAAAAUACGCUAGAAGUUAUAAAGUUAAAAAUGAAAAGGAUUUAUUUUUUUUCAUGCUGAAUUGUUAUAGUUGGUUAGUCGUAAAGGGUAUUCUGAAGUCGGAAUCCAGUUGUUUUUAUAUAAUUGGAAUGGCAAACAAGCUGACGGUCCACCUGAUGGUAAAUGGUAACCGUCGUCUAUAUACAUCCACGACAUCAUGUUGUUAAGUGACGCCCGUGAUGCGUUUCCACUGAUCAACUAUCUUAAAGAAAUAAGAAACAAAGUUCUAAAUUAAUUAAAAGCUUCAUAUUGUAUGAGACAAACUAAUCAUUAUCAGCUACUAACAACUAAUGUUAUCAGCUAAUUUCAACUUAAUGCUGAAUGUGGUUCAUUUUCAUUUGUGGUCUCCUAUCGGCCCUUUACGACUAAAUCUGUAUUUGAAAUUUAAUAAUAAAAUGACUAAACUGCGUUAUUAAAUUCGAUGGUUUUUACUAUAGAAAUGUAGUUUUGUAAAGUAAUAUUGUCUCUGAAUUGAACUAACUCCAAGUAAUGAUAAAUUAAUUAUAAAGAGAAACAUGCUUGUAGAAAUACAAUUAGCUAGUACAAUCAAGUAUUAUAUUUUUGGUCUGUAAUUAGUGCGCAAUUAUUGAAAGUACAAUAAAUAUGAAAAAGUGUUAAUAGUUUAAUGAUGACAUUGUUCUGUAGUUAUUACAGUGCUCGAUAGACAGACAUAGAUAGAGGUAGAUGACGCUAGUACCUUAUUUUUGUAUGCAAGUUAUAGUGUCAGUGCCAAAUUAUAUGGCAUGAUGUUACAAAAGCUGUUAAGACAUAAAAAUUAGCACAGAUUAUAUUUCAGAUUGAAGAUUAAACUAUUGUCUGUGGUAAUUUUUUGAAAUUUUGUGAAUCUAAUGAGUAAUGAUGACUCAAGUAACUGGCUUAUUCACAAAUCAAUUACUCAGGAUUCGACUAAUCGGCCCGACCAGUUGGAUGCUAAGUAAGGAAAGUAGACUUCAAAUGAUAAUGGUAUUAUACUGUUGGACUUGUUGAAUAGAUAAUCAUAAAACAGAAAAUAGUGAUUACUAUUAAAAAAUUAUGUCUCACUUAGAUUCUUUGCGGUGAAUUUUAUUAAUUCUAUUAGUUCUUCGAUACUGAUAAUAUAAAAUUGCCGAUGUUUGACGAGGAGAGGGUUAACUGUUUGUUAUGGAAGUGACAAUUCUCCAAAUAUUAUUAGAAAUGGCGAUGAUA